AGAAAUGUUGUCAACAAACUUCGGCUUUUAAUCGUAUUCGUUCUUUAUUUAUAAAUGUGAAACAAACGCUAAAGUACAAUCAGUUUUAAAUGACAAUUUCAUGAGAUUAAACGUUUCACGUGUAAUUCUUUAAAAAUUCCUACAUUUUGCUGAUUUGCUGAAAUAACUGAAAUAAGAAAGACAAUUAAACAAUGGCUGCAACAGGUGACGAAUCAAAAAAAAUCGUCAAAGCUGAUGACACGGUUUUACCACAUUUAGAAUCAUGGGAACGCAUGAUGAAACUUCCUGUCGUAGAAGCCGCAUGGUACCAAAGUGAAGAAGUUUAUAAGAAAGUUAAAGACUUUAACCCGAUGUUCAAUUGGGCUUUCCGCACCACAGAGAACGUGGUGAAAGGAUGCGUUACAUUAUCAGCACCAAUUGUCAAUAAAUUUGACACUCCAAUAAGUUUUGUUGACCAAUUAUAUGUGAAAGGUCUUGAUAAGCUAGAAGAAAGAGCUCCAAUCAUUAAGGAACAACCAGCUGAGAUUUUGAAUCAAGCAAAAGCCAAAGUCAUGGAUGUCGUGCAACCACAAAUUAAUAAAGUGUGUGGACUUAGAAAGACCAGCGAAAAAAAGGCUGCAACAUUAAAAGAAUUGUCUUAUAACAAAGCAAAAGAAGUUUUAGCAACUUCUUAUGGACAAAUCUGUGUGACUGGAAUUGAUUCAACUGCUGUUCUCGCUGAACGUCUUCUCGAUAGUUUCUUUCCAAAAACUAUUGAAGAUGAUUCAAAGGACGAUGAUAAACCCAUUUCUGCUGAAGAUGAUCCCGUUUUGCACACUGUCCAAACCAUUGGUCGUUUAAAUAACAUGGUUGCUCGUCGUGUCUAUCGAACUGUUUCCCAACAAAUAAAAAUGAUCAAAAAGGAAGACCUGACUGAAUAUGUUGCCUCUCUUAUCGCGGUCUUACGUCUUACUCAAUACCUCAACUUUCUCAAUGAAAGAGUUCAGCAGAACCAACUAAAGAAAGAAGAUCAACUUAAAACUGUUAUUGAAGGUCAAACAGCUAUUGAAAGCAAUUAAUUAUUUAAAUAUCUACCUAGAAUUAAUAAUCAAGCGCUCAUAAAUUUUUUAUUGCUCUUUUUAGGUGUAAUACUCGUAAUAAGUCUUCUGAAAUUAGCCAAAAUUUUGCUUGAUUUUGAAUGAAAUCAUUAUUAAAAUUUGUUUUGAUAAAUUUCAAUUAUAAAAUGAUCAGCGAUCGUAAAAUGUAAACUUUGUAACAAGCUCAUAAUAAGUGAAUAACUGAUUGGACACCAUUCGUAUGCCAUUUACUUUUAUUAAUGUUAUUAUAAGUAUCUCGAUGCUGCUUUCUUCCUUCAAAAACAAUUUAAUGUUUAAGCAUAAAUUUAUAUGUAGAUAUCAUAUAAAAAAAUUGUUUAUUAAAGAAAUCAUUUGAGCUUUCAA